AUGUUUGAAGACUUGACAUUCUUCGUGAUCAUACGUAGUUUGCUAACUCCGUUGAUGCUUGACUAUAUAUGGUCGUGGCCGAACGACGGCCUGAGGCUGACGCACAACGGUGUCGGUUCUUCCCCUCCUCGACGGCGAUGGGCGUAUCUGGGUGGCGUCGUCUCGGUCGGUCGAGAAUUGUGUGACGGGAGAAAGAGAUGGAGUCCUCCAUUGGGAAUCUACCCCAUCGCCAGAAAUCGUCGCUCGUCCACCAUCAUCGUGCUUGAGAAGCCGCCGGUGAUGAAGACUUGGCGAAGCUGCGGAUUGCGCACGCUCGAUUUCUCUCCGGUAGCAGAACAGAACAUAGAUCCACCUCCUACACAAUUCCAACUUGGUAAAGAUUCAGCUGUUAUUGAGCUGCCGGACAAUCUAAUCCCUCGCAUGAACCAACUGCAACAGAUCCACGCCCACUCGCUGAGAAAUGCUACAGAUUCUACCCAAUACCUCAUCACAAAUCUCCUCAAGAUCCCAAACCUGAGCUACGCCCACAAGGUGCUCGACAAUACGCCCCAACCAACCAUCUUCCUCUACAACAAGCUCAUCCAGGCAUACUCUUCCCGUGGGCCCCACUCCCGAUGCCUGUCCCUCUAUUCCCAGAUCCUCGCUCGGCGCCUCUCCCCGAAUCCCCACUCCUUCACCUUCCUCUUUGCCGCCUGCGUGGGUCUCAACACCGUUCGCCAUGGCCAGAUGCUCCAGGCCCAUUUUGUCAAGUUCGGGCUGGGCCAUGACUCCUAUGCCUCCACCGCAUUGGUUGACAUGUACGCCAAGAUGGGCUCUCUCGAUUUCGCGAAAAAAGUGUUUGAAGAGAUUGAGGGUGCGGAUACACCCACCUGGAAUUCCCUGAUCACGGGCUACGCCAGAAACGGGCUUCUGGAGGAGGCCCGGCGCCUUUUCUCCGAGAUGCCACGUAGGAAUGUGAUUUCAUGGACGGCUUUGAUAUCCGGGUACUCCCAGAACGGAAGGUACCGGGAAGCUCUCGAGACGUAUCUGGAAAUGGAGAGAGAGGGAGAGGUCAGACCUAAUCAGGUGACCGUGGCAAGCGUUUUGCCUGCGUGCGCCAACCUUGGUGCGUUGGGGGUCGGGCGGAGGAUAGAAGCCUAUGCUCGGGAGAAUGGGUACUUUGGGAACACGUUUGUGAGCAAUGCUGUGCUUGAGUUGUACGCGAGGUGUGGGGCAAUCGAGGAGGCUGAGCGAGUGUUUGAGGAGAUUGGGGGCAGUAGGAAUCUGUGCUCCUUGAAUACUAUGAUCAUGUGUUUGGCGGUCCACGGGAGGUGCUGUGGAGCCCUCGAGCUUUUUGACCUGACGAUGAGAAAUGGAAUUUCGCCCGAUGAUGUCACCUUUGUGGGGGCAAUCCUGGCAUGCACGCACGGGGGCCUUGUCAGCAGGGGCCGAGAACUCUUCAACUCCAUGGCGGGAAAAUACUCCAUCACUCCAAAGCUGGAACACUAUGGGUGCAUGGUGGACCUCUUGGGCCGUGCCGGGCUACUGCAGGAAGCCCACGACCUCAUAAAAGCUAUGCCCAUGAAGCCCGACUCAGUUGUGUGGGGUACAUUGCUCGGGGCCUGCAGUUUUCACGGAAAUGUCGAGAUAGCCGAGAAGGCUGCCGAGUCGCUCUUUGUCCUGGAACCGUGGAAUCCGGGUAAUUACGUAAUACUUUCGAAUAUUUACGCGAAAGCGGGCAUGUGGGAUAAGGUCGCGAGUCUGAGGAAGAUGAUGAAAGGGUUUAACGUGAGAAAGGCGGCCGGGCACAGCUUUAUUGAGGAGGGGGGUCGGCUUCAUAAGUUUAUUGUGGAGGACAAGAGUCAUUCGAGUUCGGACGAGAUCUUUAGGGUAUUGGAUUGCGUUGGGGCAGAAAGUGGUUUGGAUUCCAUCGGGAUUGCUUGGGCCUUUGGUGGUAUGAUCUUUGCACUUGUUUACUGCACUGCUGGUAUCUCAGGAGGGCACAUCAACCCAGCUGUGACCUAUGGUUUGUUCCUUGCAAGAAAGGUUUCUUUGACUAGAGCCCUUUUCUACAUAGUGAUGCAGUGUCUUGGUGCCAUAUGUGAACCAACUUGUGAUCCCUUAGUGUAGAAAUCAUCAGAACCUUUGUUCUAUGACUACACAAGAUCGAUACUGCCAGUAAGAAAAACCGAUACUGGAUUACUAAACAUAACUUCCUUAUAUCUACCAUGUCAUUUUUUAUUGUUCAACAAAAUAUGUAUCAAAUACUAGAAAACGAGCCUGUGACAAUACAAGAUUGGUACUGUCAUUAUGGAAAACCGAUACUGAAGUACUUAACAUAACUUUUAUUUGGAAUUUGUUUUCAACAUCUGUAUGAAAGUGUAGUACAAACUAAGGUACACGUACUAAUUCUAAACAACAGAAGUAGUGAUCGGCC